AUGACAGCCCUGUAUCUAUUAAUUGGCAUGAAGUUUAAACAACAACGUACACCGGUUGAUGUAUUCCUUGAUGUGUCAGAUAUUGUAGACACAUUUGAGGUCGACAAUGUAUCGGUCCAACGGAGCGCAGCGGUCGCCACGGCAACGCCUAACAAUUACGGGCAUCGGCGUCGCGUGAAUUUAAUAUUCGGCAAUGUAACCGCGCGAAGGGGUACCGCGCGGCGCACGAGUGUAGCUGCGGCUUUAUACUAA